GAAAAAGGAAGGCUCCAACCCUCUCUUUAUAACGCGCUUCAGAGAACGCUUGAGGUUCAUCAAUGGCGCGCUUCAGGAACAAGAGGGGAAGGGCGCCGGCGAAGUCGCCGGGGAUGAAGAAGCCGCCGGGCGUGAACCAAGUGACGGGGGAGAAGGUGCCCAAAAGCAUCGUCUUUGGGAGGGGGAAGUUGCCGGGUCAUUUGAAGCAGCUUGAACACGAUCUUCGCAAACUCAUGCUUCCUCAUACCGCGUUGAAAUUAAAGGAAAAGAAACGAAAUAAUCUCAAGGACUUCUUAAACAUUGCAGGGCCUAUGGGUGUUACGCAUUUUCUUAUAUUGUCAAAUCCAAAGAGCAUACCACAUCUACGUGUUGCGAGGACUCCUCAAGGCCCAACCCUUACCUUUGAAGUAUGUGAAUAUGCACUUGCUGCUGAUGUGGCUCGAUCACAGGCUCAUCCACGGUGUCCUCAAGGAUUAUUCCAAAAUUCUCCCUUGAUUGUUCUCUCUGGUUUUGGAAAUGGGGCUAAACACCUGAAGCUCACAACCAUUAUGUUUCAGAACAUCUUUCCCGCCAUUGAUAUCAAUACUGUCAAGCUUUCAUCAUGCCAGAGGAUUGUAUUGCUAAAUUAUAACAGUGAAACAAAACUUAUUGAUUUUCGGCAUUAUUCCAUCAGACUACAACCUGUAGGGGUCUCCCGUAGGAUUAGAAAAUUUGUGCAAAAUCAUCAGGUGCCAAACUUGAGGAAUCUCAAAGAUGUGAGCGACUUUGUUACCAAGGCUGGUUAUGGCUCGGAAAGUGAAGCUGAUGAAGAAGCAGCAACUGUAAAUUUGGUUAGUGACCUUAGUAGAGUAAACCGUGCUUCUACAAAAAGUGCUGUCAAACUUCAAGAGAUUGGACCUAGAAUGACACUCCGAUUGGUUAAAGUUGAGGAAGGCCUCUGUUCUGGAAGUGUAAUUUUCUCUGAAUACGGAAAAGAAGCCAUUGCAGAAGAGGCUCAAGGAGCAAGCGACGAAGAAACUGAAGAUUAAGUUUUCACUAUCUUGAUUCAGAGUUCAAAAGCAGAACCCCAUGCCGAAGAAUAUCACUGCAGGAGUGAUUAUGUGGUUACUCCAUGCGGGCAUUCGAUUUGCUGCUAUUAGAAUGGCUUGAACAUCCCUUUGAUUAUUGUGUUAAUUUAAGUUGUUCGAUUAGAGUUUUUCACUGUGUGUUUUCACCCUUUACAGUAAGAGCUAUUUUUUGUCUGAGGAGUUUAUUGGUUACUUACAGCAGUGAAAAUGGUUCCUAAUGAAUGUAGGAGUUGAUGUCUAA